AUGGGUGAGGAGCGUGAGGUGAAGAGCGUGAUGGGUGAGGAGUUUUUUUUAUCGCAGAAGCUGACGUGGAUGGCGGAGCGCCAGGAGGUGGACCGGUGUCUCAUGAACGGCAAGACGGAGGAGGAGUGUCACAACUUCAUGAAGGUGGUUGCGCCACGAGGAGACGGACUCCUCUUUGUGUGCGGCACCAACGCAUACAGCCCCACGUGCAGGAACUACCAGCUGGCGGACCUGUCCUUCACUGGGGAGCAAACGAGUGGCCUCGCCAAGUGUCCCUUCGACCCCCGGCAGGGAGGGGCGGCUGCCUUCGCAGGCGAGCGUCUCUACUCGGCCACGGCCGUGGACCCCCUGGGGGUGUGGACGCGGUGGUCUACGGGAGCCUGGGGCCCGGGCCCCCCCUGCGCUCCCUCAAACUCGACUCCAAGUGGCUCAAGGCCCGUGUUCGUGAGGGUGCUGGAGCACGGGCAGCAUGUCUACUUCUUCUUCUUCACGGAGAUCGCCGUUGAGCUCAGCUCCAUGGGCAAGGCGCGACUCAACUGCUCGGUGGGGGGCGAGGCGCCGGGGGACGCCCCCUUCUACUUCAACGAGCUCCAGGGGUCUCCGAGCAUCCACGGCUCGGCCGUGUGCGCGUCGACAUGGAGGACGUUGCCAGCACCUUUCCAGGGCCGCUACUCGAGCAGCGAGGGGCCCGACUGCCCCUGGCUCGCCGUGCCGGAGGCCCGCCCGGUGCGUGUGCGGGCGAGGGGGAGGCGGCUGCGUUCCACCCGCUCGCCGCUGCUGCCGGACGAGGCGCUGAGCUUCGCCAAGACGCACCCGCUGGCUCACCGCGCCGUCAACGCCGUCUCCCCGCAGCCCUGGUUCGUGCGCUCCGGCACCCGCUACCGGCUGACCCACAUCGCGGUGGACGUGAGGGCGGGGCGCCACGGCAACGAGACGGUGGUGCUGCUCGCGGCGCAGAGCGCUGUGGCGGCGGUCCCCGCGCGCGGUGCGGGCGCUGCUCGUGGACCGCGGAGCGCCACGCCGUCUUUCCUCGCCUUCUCCUUCCUGCGUGCUGCGCCUCCCGCUCAGCCCUGCGCGCGGCACGCAGACUGCAAAGAAGGCUUGCCUGGCGUCCCGGGACCCGUACUGCGCCUGGUCGGGGGGACCUGCAGCCGCGUCACGCCAUCAUCCCACGGCAGCCCCAUGGCGGAGCAAGCCCUCGCCACGGGGAGCGCGGGGAACCUGCCUGACUGCGCCGACUCCGUUGUGACGUCCAGCGGAGCGAUCCGCGAGCCGCGGGUCUCCACCUCCCCGGGCCGCGUCCCCGCCGGCAUCGUGUGGCUCUGCCUGCUCGGCGCCUUCGCUCUCGGCGCGGCGCUCUCCUGCGUCGCCACCGUCUGCCUCUUCCGGCGCUGCCGGCCCCGGCGGCCCGAGCGGCCGCGCAAGCCGCCGCCCGCGGCGCCGGCCCCGGGCGCCGGCCCGGGGCCGGCGGGGCCCUACGGCCGUUCGCGGCUGCUCGAGGAGCUGCUGCUGGAGGGCGCCGCGCGGGGCAAGGUCGACGCCGUGGCCAGGUCGGCCGCGCUGCUCGUGCCGCUCAUGGCCGUCGGCAAGGUGGACGUGACGGCGCUCGAGUGGGCGGGGGGGCUCCCCCCGCCGUUCCCCCGUGCCGGCGGCCGCCCCCUCCCCGAGCUGGCGGCGCUGCCCACCCCCGAGUCGACGCCGCCCGCGACGCGCAGGAAGGCGGGCGGCGGGGGCGGCGCCGCGGACCCCCGGCCGCGGCCGUCGCCCGUCGCGACCGCCGCGGCCGCCGCCGCCGCUUUCGCCGUUUGGCCCCGGGAGAGCGCCGGGUCGGACGCGACGACCGCGGGGGGGGACCCCGGGCAGCAGCAGGGCCACACAGAGCGAGUGAGCGCACCCAGCCUGGCGCUCGAGGAGCUGCUCAGGAAGCUGCAGGAGACCGGUCAGGUGACGCAGUGCAUCCUGGGAGAUGGGCGCCGUCCCCGCCCGGGCGGCCGUCUGCCGUGCGCGCCGCCCGAGCGGUCGGGCGCUCCGCUCCGCCGGCACCGCUCGCGGCCCCCGUCGCGCUCCCCGCCGCGCCCCUCCGCGUGGCCCCCCCUCCCUCGCGGCGCGCGGGGGUCGACCUCGUCCGGGAGGGGGGCGGCUCGUGAACCCGGCCCCCCCCAGGUCGCCGCGUUCCCUCGUCUCGGCGCGCGCAGAACCGCGGCGGUCAAGCCGGCGCCGGCCCCGAAGCCGCCGGGCGCCGCUCCCCCUCCGGCUCCUCCCACCGGCGCUCCCCCACCCCGCGCGCCGGCCUCCUCCUCCUCCGGGCGCGCAGCGCCGCCGUGCGGACGCUAAGCGCCGGGAGCGGACGGGGGGAGCGCCCGCCCGGCCCGGGGACGCUGCGGAGCCGCCGGAGCCGGCGCCCCGGAGGCGCGACGAGCGAACAUCGGCGGUGGUCGAGGCCGGACGGCGCCACGCAGCGCCACGACCAAGGGCUUCGGGAGACGGUGCCUCACGCUGAACAAACGGCGGGAGGAGCCGGCAGAAAAACGGGAACGCGCGAGCUCCUGGCGGAAUGGUGAAACGAGCGCACAGCCACGCGUGCGUGCGACAGCGAUUGGAGUGCACGGGCCUGUAUAUGCGCGCGUGAACACUAACACCAAUAUUGGUAUUGGUGUCUGGGGAGUGGUAUUGUCGUGGUUACGUCGACUCAACCUCAAAUGAGUACCUGGCGCGGUGUGUAAACAUCGCCACUCGGGAGACAAACGCGGUCGGGCGUGGUGCUGGCCACCCACCCCCUCGUGUGCCGUGCCGGCCUUCAUAUAUACUGCUCGCUAACAACAUUUGCCCCAAAAGUAUGGUAAGGCGACACGGGGCAUCUUUGUCUUGGUCUCGGUGGAGCAGCAGCUGCAGGUUGAAUGGAGCCGCUUCAAGAGAACGUAACGGGCGGCGCUUGUAGCGUCGGGACUCGACCGCCCCUUUUCCACUGCAACAUCCGAGCCGCGCCAGCGUGGGGCUCCCUCGCAGUCCGGGUGGCUUUACCACUUUGCUCACCACUUCUGAAUCUGGCCGCGGACCAAACGGGGCCGAAGAGCCCCGAGCGAGGCCAAUA